AUGGCUUUUGUUGAUGUGAUCAAAUGUUGCCUUGAUUCCAUCAGACUAAUAUCAAAGGAAGUUGAAGAUUCGAUUAUUUACAUAGAUGCAGGAUGUACAGAGUGUUUCCAGUUUCUUGGGGCAUUCCCUCUGUUACUGGAACUUGGAGUGCGUGCUGUAUGCAGCUUGGAAAAGAUGUCUUCUCUUGAUAUGGUAUCUGACUGGAAUUCAGAAUUUGAUUCUCCGACGAAAAUUGUAGUCAUCACAUCGCGUCUUUUAAGUGAUGCACAUCGAUAUAUUUUACGUUGCCUGAGCAUGCAGCAAAGUGUUCGCCACUGUACUGUAUUUACGUCAAUCUCAGAGAUAGCUCAUUCAGCAUAUCCUGAUUCACCUCUAGGACCAGAUGCUUUUCAUGAAUAUGAAUCCUUGCUUGUCCAAGAUUAUGAGGAGCUCACCAAGAGACAUGAGACAAAUUCUAGACAGUCUGGAGACAGUGACUUGAAGGAACAUAUCACCCCCAAAAAUGAAGGGUGGUCACAACUCACUUCCAGUGAAGAGGAAAUUUCUAACUUAGAUGCCCUUUCAGGUGCAAGAGAUUCAUGUGAAGAUGAUCCACUAGGCCAUGCACAAGAUGUAGGACAAAAGUUGGUUGUCUCUGUGCUUCACCUCCCUUUGAUUUUGUGUCCUUUUUCACCGAGAGUCUUUGUCUUACCUUCAGAGGGAUCAAUUGCUGAAGCAUAUUUAUCAAAUCAGCAUGAGAAUUCUAUCAGCCCAGGGUUGCCUCCAUUAAGUACUGGGACAGCUGCUGAGGGCGAGGACAUCCCUCCUGGGGCGACUCUUACAGCCCAAUUUCUUUAUCAUCUGGCCUCAAAGGUAUUAAAUGUAAUUCAUUAUGCAUGCUUGAACCUAGACGUGUUCCUCCUCUUUGGUGCAGUGUUCCAGAUUUUAUCUUUUCAAUGA